AUGGUUCGCACUCAUUUGGCAACACCACGUAUGUCAGCGAACACUCUUCGUUCACAUCCUAGUGAGUUGUCAAAGACGGCGCUUCCUCAAAAAGCCUCUAAGAAAAACAGUACUGUCUUUAGCAUGGGCACUAAGCUUCUCUCCGAGGACACACCUCAAAAGUCAGAAUCCUCCGAUCUACCGGACUAUGGGGCAGUUCGUUUAAACUCGACUUAUCGGUUUCGGCUAGAAGCUUGUCGAAUUACAGGUUUUCUUACUUGCUCAAAUGGUUGCCUUAUAUUCCUAUCAAGGGACUCUGAUUUAAAAAUUCCAGCCCAUUUGGGUGGCCCAGGUGAUCAGGAACUUCUUAGUCCCUCUGCUCAAAAUUACUCACUUGACUAUGGCUUCUUACUCAAUCGCGAUCAAUUGAAUUCAGGAACGUUUUUCGAUCUAUCUUACUGGGCAAUGGAGAAUGAUACCAACUUCUCUUACCAAUCACUGCUUUCAUCUCAGUCUAGAUGCUUUUCUGGUAGAAGAAAGCUCUGGUCAAGUGUCUAUAGUCCAUUAAACUUACGGAAACGUGGUAUCAAACAGUUUUGGACAACGUUGCUCUCUAAGAAGUCGAAAAAUAAUCGUCAGAGCGUGGAUUUGGAUGCUCCAAGUGUCCAAACUCUCGUUGGAUGUGAUCAGCAUUCAACGUCCCAAAUGGAGACUCUACGAUUGGAGUGGCCACUAACAACCCUCCGUCAGUUCGCCUUUCACGGAUGUCUCUUCAAGAUGGAAACAGGUCGACGGGCUCCACAUGGCGAAGGUCAUUACCUCUUUCGCAUCCCAAAUAUCACGAUGUUUCGGCAAAAUCUCGAGGCUCAUAUCAAGCAUCAGAAGCGUUCGAGGUCCCUUAAGACGCGUUCGGCUGUCUGUUGUCCCUCAACCGUUUUGUCACCCCCUCCCUCCGUGCCUCCUCCGCCACCACCACUGGUGAUCAGCAAUCAGACUUACGUCAACAUCCCUCUGUUCCCUCCAAAGCUAAAUCGGUCGUGGACAAACCUCCUACAACCCAAUGCUGAGAUUGCUGGACGGGCAGGUGCUACAGAAGGCUGUAAUGACAAUGGUGAAGACGAUUCGGAUUGGAUGGUUGAACUCUCAUCACCUCCGCCUCCACCACCGGCAUCUGCUCCUCCACUGAGUCAAGAAAUCGACGCGCAAUCACCACUGAUUGAUCAACCACCCUUGCAUCGCAUCGGUACUUACGAGAACGUACGGAGCCUUCUACAGAGUCAGGAGACGAAAUCGGCAACCUCUCGCUCAGCAACGGUAGCUCCACACUUCUUCGGAAAAGAUGUCGUGUCAACAGCUACGUCUACCCUGAACUAUGCAAUGCUGGACUUUCAGCUACCCUCUAACACUGCUUCCGCUAUUGCUACUUACACAGGAAAUCUGACAGUUCGUUCACCUCCACUGCAACCUCAUUCCACUCCCCUCUUUUCCUCCAGCAGUUGUGAACGCCUAGUGCAAGUACCGUCCACCCGACUGUCAAGACGCCUAGCCAGAUCUAUGGAAGCGCAGCUGAAUGCGGUGCGAGGGAGUGGAGAGGCAGAGAGACCGAUGAGUAUGACUGGAAGCGGUGUAGGAGGCAAUUACGUGGACAUCUGCCCUCUCCAGACUCUUGCGAUUAACGAAUUAUUGAGAAGCACUUUGUAA